UGAAUGAAUGUGUGUGCAGGGCACACCCACUACAGGAAGCAGGUUAGAGAGGGAGAGACAGAGAGAGCACGGCCUCCGCAGACUUUGUGCUAUACGCCCCCAGCCCGGAGGGAGAAGCUGCAGAACAGCCCCACACACAAUCUCGAACUGAUUCCCAGGAACUAGGAGCCAUGGUCCUUGUGAAUGAAAUCCUCAGCCAAAUUGUUCAGGUCGACCGGCCAAUGACCUGGGGCACACUGGCCACCUUGAAACCAUACGCCAACUUCCUGGUAGGUGAAGACGUGGAAGCUUUGAAGAAAGCCAUUGAUGCAAAAGGGGUCGAUGAAGCGACUAUUGUCCGGAUCAUCAGCAACCGGAGCUUGGAACAGAGGCAGCUGAUUGCUAAGGCCUUUCAGAAGCAAUACAAUACUGAAUUGGAAUCGUUGUUGAAAAAGAAAUUGUCCGGUUACCUUGAGAACGUUAUGCUCUCACUCUUAAAGUCCCCAGCAGUUCUGGAUGCUCAGGAGCUAAAAGAAGCCAUGAAGGGACUUGGGACAGAUGAAGAGACUUUGAUUGAAAUUAUGGUCACCAGAUCAAGCCGGGAGUUACAGGAAAUCACAGCUGUUUACAAGGAAGAAUUUAAGAAAGAUCUAGAGAAGGAUAUUAUGGCCGACACGACGGGAAGGUUCCAGAAGCUGCUUCUUGCCUUGCUGAAGGGACAGAGAGAGGCGAACUCUAGUGUGAUCAACUAUGAACUCAUCGAAGAGGAUGCUAAAACGUUGCAGGCAGUGUCCAGUCAAAAAAAGAACCCGGAUUUUGAUGUCUGGAUUCCGAUUCUGACUGAAAGAAGCCAGAACCACUUGAAUAGAGUCUUUAAACUAUACAAGAUCUACGCUUCAGGUGACAUUACAGAAACCAUCAAAAAACAGAUGAAAGGGGAUGAUGAGAAAUGUUUCCUUGCUCUGGUCCAGAGCAUUCAGAACACACCCCAGUUUUUCGCGGAGAGGCUGCAAAAUUCCAUGAAGAGUUUAGGGACCAAGGACAAGACCCUCACCCGGUUGCUGGUGUCUCGAUGUGAGAUUGACCUGCUGAGUAUCCGUGCAGAGUUCAAGAAGGCAUAUGGAAAAUCCCUGUACUCCACCAUCCAGGGUGACACUAAGGGGGAUUACCGGUGUGCCUUGCUAGGGCUCUGCAGGGCUGAGGACCUGUAGAGGUGCGAUCCAGAAUCAUUUGUGGAAAACGUGGGACAUCCUGUUUUGAUCCCAGUGCCGGUCUCCCUGGCAACGCAGAGCUUAACACCACCCCCACCCCUCAGCCCCAGCCAUCAACAUGUAUGUGAAUGAAUGAACUCACAAAUACAGUCAGACACAAGUGGAGAGAGACAGACACAAACACUCAUAGAUAGACACUCAGACUCAGAAGUACGGAAAGACACACACCUACACACAUUUCCACAUACACACGCACACACACCUACACACAUAUAUACACACCUACACACAUUUCCACAUACACACUUCCACACACACACCUACAUA